UUUGUUACUGUAUCUUAAUUCUACGGAGUCUGCCAUUACUUCUAUGAUCUGACGAAAUUUAUUCCAUUGGAAUUAAAAUCGAAGGCUAAAAUGUGUUCGAUCGUCUUUGCAUCAAAUUGAGACGAUGUCAUUCUUUGAUAGUCCGAAAACCCCACAAAAUUACUCAAGAAUGACUAUCUGAGAAGGACUGAUCUACUGGUCCCCACUUGUCUGCAUCCUAUCUGAAAGGCAUUAAUAUUCUACAUUCCCAACAACAAUAUUCAACCAUGAAAGACAAUAAAUUAAUUGUCUGAUCCAGAGGACCCCAUAUCUGAAUCGGCGUAAAGCACAACCCCAUAUCUGAGUCGGCGUGAAGCACCAUAAUAUUAACUGGUCGACCUUGAAAUGUCAACCAUGAAGUAUCGCAAUCUCUCCUCAGCAGAAUCUAAUUCGCUCGUUAUUUGCUUGUUUAAAAUGAAUUUUCAAGUAAUUUGGUAGGGGCCAUUGCAUAGAUUUCGACAUUUAUAAUGAUUUCAGCAUGGAAUGAGGUCAUCCCAUAAAGGAAAAAGACUCGAGUUUUGUCUAAUUACGCUAAACAUCAUCUGUCAGCUCUGUUAUAUCAUUUAUUUAGUUUUCGGGAAGGCAUGAAUCAUGGCAGUUGGCUUUCCGAAAAUCAUUUUUCUCCUCCUCAAAAAACAUACUUAACCCUGUAGUGGGCGUGAUUACGUAGUUGUUUGAAGUUGGAGGGAUGGCAAGGAGUGGGAAUAUUUUGGGGGUGAUUUACCCGGUGAGACAUCUGAUGAUAGCGCUAGCGGCGCACUGGAUGGCUGAGCAGAUGUCUGUCUCCGUGCUUGUUGACAUUACCACACGAGCUCUCUGCAACUCUUCUUCCCCUGCCGACUCCUGCUCCCUCCCUAUUUAUCUCACGUCUUCCAUGCAGACUGUUGCUGGAAUUGGUAAAUUAAUAACUCUUCCCUUGAUAGGUCAGUUGUCAGAUGAGUAUGGGCGUAAACCUGUAAUAUUGUUGACACUUUUUUCAUCGAUUGUGCCUUUUGUAAUUCUGUCAAUCAAAGAUACAAAAUCAUUUGUAUAUGCAUACUAUGUGGUUCGCACUGUUACAAAUAUGAUAUGCCAAGGCAGUAUUGUCAGCGUUUCUAUGGCUUAUACAGCAGAUGUUGUUGAUGGCAGAGAACGAGCAAUUGCUUUUGGGUACCUAACAGGCAUGUUUUCAGCUGCCCAUGUUGUAGGGAAUCUACUAGCAUGGCUUCUCUCUGAAGAUUAUAUUUUUCAGGUUGCAACUGUUCUCUUGGUGAUUUCUGGAGUUUAUGCAAAACUCUUUAUUGUGGAGUCAAUAAACACUAGUCCAAAUGAAUACCAACAAAGGUCAUUAUCACCUCAGUGUAAGAGUAUCCUCAUUCAAAGAUGGAAGUCUAUAAAAGAAACUAUAACAAUUUCCUCAAGUGGAAUCCUAAGGCGAAUAAUAUGUGUUGCCUUCUUUUAUGAACUUGGCAUAUCAGGGAUCGACAACGUCUUGAUGUAUUACUUAAAGGCAACAUUUGGCUUUGACAAGAAUCAAUUUGCUCAGAUUUUGUUAGCUGUUGGUGUUGGGUCCAUUAUAUCUCAGCUUCUUUUCUUGCCAAUAUUUAAUCAUUUCUUGGGAGAGCAUAAUGUCUUAUGCAUGGCGUUGGGUGCAUCUAUUGCCUAUGGUAUAUUCACAGGCCUGGCAUGGGCAACUUGGGUUCCAUAUUUUGCAGCGUCAUUUGGAGUUAUCUAUGUACUUGUUAAACCAUGCAUUUAUGUAAUUGUAUCACAAGGAGCAAGUUCAAAUGACCAGGGCAAAGCUCAGGGAUUUCUUAUUGGUGUUCAGUCUCUUGCAAGCUUAAUUUCUCCAAUUGCAAUGGGUCCACUUACAGUAUUGUUCCUGUCAAAUGACCCACCCUUUCACUGCAAAGGUUUCAGCUUGAUUUGUGCCACGGCUUCAUUGGUAGUUGCAUUACUUCAAACGUGUCUAAUUAAACCCACCUCUCCUCCAAUUGGAAGUCGUAAAGAGAACGAUUAUAUACAAGUACAAGCAUGAUGAGUAAGGCCAUCGGGCACUUAAUCAAAUGAAAGAUAAAACAAAUGUGAUCAGGUUUCUAAGCGAAGUUGGCCACUUCUCUUCUUGUUAAGGUGAUCUGCAAGAUUGGACAAUGUUGUUAAUAUGAUUGAUCUUCAUGAAGGAACCAUUUGCAUUCAAGAGCUUUUCUCAUGGUAUCAGUUUAUCCCAUUUAUUUUGAUUGGAAACCCGGUUUGGAGAUUGGACAAUGCCGUUAAUAUGAUUGAUCUUCAAGAAACCAUUUGCAUUCAAGAGCUUAUCUCAUGGUAUCAGAUUAUCCUAUUUCAUGUAUGAAGAUGGACGUGGCAAAAAUAAAUUAAAGACUACCAACUCUAAUUCUCAAAUACAAAAAAAACUUUGAGGAAAUUAAAGUGACAUGCCACCUCAAUUAAGUGGUUUAGGCUUUUCAA